CCUGGCAUGAGGUUUGUGUAUAGAUUACACUGGAGGAUUAGACGGGAUGCCUAAAGGACGCCUGUGCAUGCCUUCUGCUGAGAAGGACGGACUGUGGUUUCCUCAUAUAGGUGUCAGUAUGAAGCUGCCGGUGACAAGUACCCAGGAUAUGCUUCAUCAUGCCAAGUCAGCUUCCUGGAAAGAGCAGAGACUUCCGCUGAUAUGUGUGUCCUGUAACAAGAAUGAAGUCCAGAAUGGAUUCCCAUUUUCUUCACAUGAUAACAGACACAUAAUACAGGGGAGCGGAGAAUACCUGGAUUCUGGAGUUGGGAAAAGGAAGACUCCACAUGAAACAAGACAACAGUCCUCUCGAAAUUUCAACCUUUCAUGUCAUAGCACUCCUCUGAAACCCUCAAGUUGCUGGAACGGUUUUAGCAAUUACCAGAUCUCCUUCAGAGGAAGGCAGGACACGGAAGCUCCGUUCUGCCGAAGGUAUCCCAAACAUCACCACGAAAGGUCUGCUCGUAUCAGAGACCAUCCUGAGGACCAUUUCAUGUGGUUCGGUGGUUCUCAUGGGCUGUCAUAG